AUGUCGUCGGGGCAGGGAGAUGCGAAGCUGUUCGCAAGGGGCAAGGUGGCCGAGCUGCGGCAGGAGUUGACCAACAGCGGAAAGAAGGACAAAAAUCAUGCCGCAAAGAAGAAUGCUCUCAAGAAGAUCGUGGCCAACAUGACCAUGAGCAACAACGACAUGGUGGCUUUAUUUCCAGAUGUCAUCAAUUGCAUGGACCUACCAGUCCUUGAAAUCAAGAAGAUGUGUUUUCUGUAUUUACAGAACUAUGCUAGGACAAAACCUGAAAUCGCACUACGAGCACUGCCGAUUCUUCAAGAGGACAUGAAGGACGCAAAUCCUCUGAUCAGAGCUCUUGCACUCCGGACCAUAUCAUAUGUGCAUGUAAAGGAGUUUGUCGAGGGCACCAUACCUCAAUUAAGGAAAAUGAUGGAGGACCCCGACCCAUACGUCCGCAAACAUGCUGCGCUGACCGUGGCUAAAGUUUACGACCACGACAAAAGACUUGUCGAAAAUUCGGAUCUGAUUGAUCGGUUGAACAGAAUGCUGAAGGACGAAAAUCCAACUGUCAUUGCGGGCGCCCUAUCUGCGCUCACUGAUAUCUGGGACCGAAGCGAGAAUAUAAAACUCACGAUCGACUAUACCAGCGCCUCCAAAAUCGUCUCCAUUCUUCCGGACGUCAACGAGUGGUCGCAAAGCUACAUACUUGAAGCACUGGUUUCAUACAUACCACAAAGGACUGACGAGGCCCUCCUUUUGGCUGAAAGGAUACUCCCACGUUUGUCGCAUUCAAACUCUGGAGUGGUCCUCAACUGCAUUCGCGUCAUUAUGUACUUGAUGAAUUAUAUCGACGACCAGAAACGGAUCGGCGAGAUAUGCCGAAAGCUCUCUCCACCGCUCGUCACACUACUCUCGAAGCCGCCAGAGAUCCAGUAUCUUGCUCUCAGGAAUGCGAUCUUGAUCCUUCAGCAACGACCUGAGGUUCUGCCAUCCGACAUCCGAGUCUUCUUCUGCAAGUACAACGAUCCAAUUUAUGUCAAAGUGACGAAGCUGGAGCUCAUCUUCAUGCUUGCCAGCAAAGACAACAUCAGCAUUGUCCUCAAUGAGCUCAAAGAAUACGCAACGGAGAUCGACGUACAAUUCGUGCGCAAAGCCGUCCGCGCCAUCGGCAAGCUGGCCAUAAAGAUCGAGCCUGCGGCACGACAGUGUAUCGAGACCUUGUUGGAACUGGUCAAUGCGCGAAUCCCGUAUAUUGUUCAAGAAGCCACAGUCGUGAUCAAGAACAUCUUUCGGAAGUAUCCGAAUCAGUACGAAUCAAUCAUCUCUACAGUUAUCAAACAGAUCGACGAGCUUGAUGAGCCCGAAGCCAAAGCCGCCAUCGUAUGGAUCAUCGGCCAGUACGCGGACCGCAUCGAUAAUGCCGACUCACUGCUACAAGACUACCUCGCCACCUUCCAUGAGGAGCCAACAGAGGUACAGCUUGCUCUCCUCACCGCCACCGUGAAGCUCUUUCUCCAGCGCCCAGCGAAAGGUUCUUCGCUCGUUCCGCAGGUACUCAAAUGGUGCACCGAGGAGAUCGACGAUCCAGAUCUGCGCGACCGAGGCUUCAUGUACUGGCGCCUGCUCUCGUCUGACCCGGAAGCGGCAAAGAAGGUCGUCAUGGGCACAAAGCCACCCAUCACUGCAGAUUCCGAAAAGCUCGACCCCAACACCCUCGAAGAGCUCUGUCUAUGCAUUGGCACUCUGGCAACCAUAUAUCUCAAGCCGGUGCAGCAGGUCUUCCGCACCGCAAGAGCACGAAAGCUUACUCCUUCGCCAGCACUCCAACGGCGGAAAGAAGCCAUAUCAACGGCGAUCAAUACGCUUCAGGUCAACACUGCCACAGCAGCCGCGAACGCGAGCACUGCAAACGGCGCAGGACAACAAGACGCGAUAGCUGCUGCGGACGAAUACUUCAAGAAUCUCUCGUUGAGCAACAACGCAGAUAAUUCUAACCAGUUCGCAAGUCCUACGGAUACAAGAGUUGGACCUGGUGGAGGCAUGUUGGUAGGACAGGGUGAUCAUAUGAUGAACAACAACGUCUAUGGGAUCAACCAGGGCGUAGCGCCGCAGCCUGUGAGCUCGCCUGUUACUGCUGGUGGACCUGGUGGACAGCAGGAUUUGUUGCUGUGA